AUGGGUCAAGAGCAGUCUGGUCUCGUCGGCGCCGACACCCCGCCACAGACACUCUCCGAGAGGAGCCUCGAGGGCGUCGCCGAGCUCAUCAACAAGGGCCACGCCAAGCGCAUCGUCGUCAUGACCGGCGCCGGUCUCUCCACCGCCGCCGGCAUCCCCGACUUCCGCUCGCCCAAGACGGGCCUGUACAGCAACCUCGCCAAGCUGGGCCUGCCGUACCCAGAGGCCGUCUUCUCGCUCGACUACUUCCGCCAGAAGCCCGAGCCCUUCUACAUCCUGGCCAACGAGCUGUACCCGGGCAACUUUGCGCCGACGAUAUCGCACGUCUUCAUCGCGCUGCUGGCCCACAAGGGCCUGCUGCGCAUGCUCUUCACCCAGAACAUCGACUGCCUCGAGCGCGAGGCCGGCGUGCCCGACGAGCUCAUCGUCGAGGCCCACGGCUCCUUCGCCACCCAGCGGUGCAUCGAGUGCGGCACCGCCUUCCCCGCCGACGAGAUGCGCCGGCACGUCGAGGCCAAGACGCCGCCGCGCUGCGCCGACGCGCAGUGCCGCGGCCUCGUCAAGCCCGACAUCGUCUUCUUUGGCGAGCAGCUGCCGCGCCGCUUCUUCGAGGCCAGCGACGUGCCCCGCAACGACGCCGACCUGGUGCUCGUCAUGGGCACGUCGCUCAGCGUGCAGCCCUUUGCCUUCCUGCCCCAGAACACGCCGCACCACCUGCCCCGCGUGCUCUUCAACCUCGAGCAGGUCGGCGGCAUCGGCUCCCGGCCCGACGACGUCCUCGUCCUCAAGGACUGCGACGCCGGCGUCCGCGAGCUCGCCGACGCGCUGGGCUGGCGCGACGAGCUGGAGCGCCGGUGGAGGGCCACGGUCGGCGAGGAGCAGGCCGAGAGGCAGCUGGGCACCGCGCGGGCGAGGGAGAGAGCGGCCGAGGAGAAGGAGGAGGAGGUAUCUAAGCUGGCGGACGAGGUCGAGGAGGCCCUGCACCUGACGGACGGGGAGGCUAACGCGGACGAUAGGGAGAAGAAGGCAGCACUGACGACGCUGCAGAGCAAGGAGGAGGAGCAGGAGCAGGAGGAGCGGGAAACGCAGGAGGCGGAGGAGGAGGAGGAAAGAAGGGCGACAACAGCAACAGCAGCAGCACCAGCCCCUUCAAGCCGGCCAGCCCCUACAGGCGCAUCCGGCUCGGGGACGUCCUCCUCCCCGCCGAGGGCGCCGACGGACCAACCCCCGGUGACGUGGAUUCUUGGCUUGGCAAAUGGAGAGAUGCCUGGGCCCACUACCAGAGAGAGCAAGCCCGACGCUCCGGCGACGGCGGCACCGGCGGUGGGGACGGCGGGGACGGCGGGGACGGCGGGGACGGCGGGGACGUCUUUGGCAACGACAAGUGAUGGCGGCAAGGGUGAGCAGGACUCGGAGCUCUAG